ACCUGAAACUCAAAAUUUGAUUAACACAUCCAUCUCACGAUACUAGGAAGAAGCGUUAUUUGCAUGUCAAUACAAUUUCCAUUAUGUUGUGAGUAAACCAAAAGCAGCAAAAGUAUGUUUUGGAUCUGGCUGUCAACGUGAUGUUAUGGGAAAGCCAAUAUCAAGACAUGGAAUACAAUUCACAACUGAAAAAUUUGUUAAUAUAGGCCCAGCAUCUUAUGAAGUGAAAAUUGAUCUUCUAUUACACAAGCCUAUGAGUAUAUAUGGAGUUGGCCCAGGAGCCAGAAAAGCACCUAGGUUCAAGAUAAAGUAUCCAGUGGUCCCAUCACCUCAGAAGUACCACCUAAAAAGCUGCAUUGCACCAUCAACUCCAGCUCAAGCUCCAUUUAACUCUGAUGUACAGCGUAUGAAAAUGCAAGUAAAUCUCAAUCCUGGUCCAGGCACAUAUAAUCCACAAAAUAAAAAAAGUCAAAUGGCUUUUCUUCAUAGUUUUGGGGGAAAGAAGAGAAUCCUUCCUCAUGUGGAUGUAAGAUGUGUGUACACCAAAGAUGAGUGUUCAUUCUGCCACAGACAUCCUUGUGGAGAUUAUUGGCAUUUUAAGUACUCAGAAUUCAUGUGUCAACAAUGUAUGCAAAAAGUCAAAAAGGGAAUAGCUCAUCUCAUUCCCUUAGGGAAAGUGGACCAAUUCAGAAGAGUUCGAGAUUGUUCUUUCUUCCACAAGCAUCAAGGGUCAGAAGCUGCAGUCAGACUAAUGUCUGCAAAUAAAAUAAAACAGCUUGAAGUAAAAGAAGCCUACUUGAGUCAAUUUUUUAAAUAAAGGACAGUUAAAAUUUAGUUUCUUCCAGUGCUACUGUAUCUUUGUAAUUACAAAGGGUUAGCCAAAUCAUUAC